UUAGUUCUGGAGGUUUCUCUGAUGAGUGUCGGGGGAAGUACCACAUCCAACACAACAAGCCCAAACUGUUUUGUUAAAUACCGACAAAAUAAACGUCAUUUGCAACAUUCGACUUCAAAACAUCAAAAGCCGCCAUCAUGGCUGAUGAAGAGACGAUUAAGGCACCUCCAAAACAGAGGUAUGACUGGUACCAAACAGACUCUCAUGUGAUUAUUACACUGCUGGUUAAAAACGCCAACAAGGAAGACGUCGAAGUGAACUACACAGAUAGAGCGUUAAGUGCCACUGUGAAGCAGGCAUCAGGAAGUGACUUCAGUCUGGAGUUGGACCUAGCACACAAUAUAAUCCCAGCCAAGUGUAUCACAUCCAUAAAGAAAAUGAAGAUUGAGUUGAAAUUGAGUAAAGAGGAGGGAUUGAGGUGGAAUAAGCUAGAAGGAGAGGACACGCUGGCUGCAACUGUACCAACGGGAGACAAUACCAAAGACACCGUGCAUAACUACCCAACCUCCAGUCAUGUGACACGGAACUGGGAUCAGAUCGGCAAAGAGGCGGAGCAAGAGGAGAAGGAUGGUGCCCAAGGAGAGGCCGCCCUCAAUCAACUCUUUCAAAAGAUCUAUGGUGACAGCACUGAUGAAGUCAAGAAGGCAAUGAAUAAAUCAUUCACGGAGUCUGGUGGAACUGUCCUCAGCACCAACUGGAACGAAAUCGGAGCACAGAAAACGGAAGUCAAACCACCAGAUGGAAUGGAACAUAAAAAGUGGGACGUAUAGCAACAGUUUCCCACAGAAUGCCAAACAACUAAAGCAUCACUGCGUUGUGGAAAACAGACCUUGAAAAGGACUUAUGUAUCAGCGGAGGUACUUUUGGAACAGACUUGAUUGCUUGAGGGCGCCCUUUACUUUAGCAACAGUCAGAUGACCAGGGCAAUCAGUACAUUACUGGUAACCAAAUGCAAUUGACUGGAUUAUGAUUGGAGUAGAAUUGGUCACCGGGAAGUUGGUGUUUCUCAUGCAUAGAACAACAAUGGUAUAACAUGCUCAGAGCUGAGCUUAACAUCAUGGAAGAGUUUGCCACAUAAAUCCGCACUUGCAUCACCCUUGAAAGCUUGUGAUUUUUAUAAGCGAUAUGCACAGAAUUCCUCGAUAAGCAGAGCCUUGAAUUGGGCCCAGGAAAUAAAGUGAACAUAAAAAUUUAGCCUUUGAUAUACCGGUGUUCCAUUUUAGAGGCUUGCAAGUCUGGAUUAAAGUCACCAAAUUCUUUGAAGACAGCAAAUAAUUUAUCUACAUAAGCUUCUGUGGUAUCGCUGAAACUUUAUUAUUGGUCUUGGACCUUGGCUGAAUUUCCUGGCUCUAACCACCGAAUUCUGCACUUGUGAUCUCCAUUCUUCGUUUACACGGCAAGCAAAAGAUUCCUUGAUAACCUGUGAAAUUCGUUUGACAUGAGCACAAAAUUCUCUGCUUCCGUAAGCACUGAUCCUUUGAUUACAGUUAGCAGUCAUAAAAUUGGGCCCAGUUUGUGAAUGGUAAGGCGGAGGUUUGCAUUUGCCAAAACGAUAAUCAUUGACCAUUUUCGGGGAAGACUGGGGGUUGAAUUUCUAAUAAUCCUAAUCUUCCUUGACUUUCAUUUCUUUUUCUUCACAUGGUGAAAUUGAUAUCAUUCGUAUAAAAGAACGAUUGUUGCUGUAGACCUGAAGUAGAACCAAGCAAUUCCAAAUACUGUUAAUGGAAGCUUCAAAUUGUGAUGACAUAUUUUGGUUAAUUUCUUUGCAGAAAAAGCUUUAUAACAAAAGUCCUGGACAGAGUUUUAAAUAAAAAAAGGUGUUUAUCAUUUGAUUUUAUUGUUUAAGAUUAUAUGGCAGCAUUUACAGACAAUUUGUUGCAUUUAAAUCUUACAUGUAAACAAACAUCCAAGGAAUAUACAUACUAUUAACUUUGGAAAUUCUUCAAAAGAAUCGACCAAAUCAGAAUUGGUUCCUAUGAGCAGACUUCUACAAAAACUUAGAUUUCAACUAAAAAUGACUUUAAAUUUUUUUCCAAAGUACUUUUUGUAUCCAUGCUGUAAAUACAUGUACAAUUUCUGCUGAAUUGUUUAGCCAUUGCGAUUUAUAACAUGAUGAAUUAAAAAAGGAAAUUCUGUUAAUUUAUGAUACAGGAAGAGUUUUGCAAUGUGUUCUUUCAUGCUCUUGGUAACCUUAGCUCUUGGCCUUUAAUUUUAUUUUGAAAAUCAAUAAAUACAUUUUUGAUUGUA